GCACGGCCUAAAGAAAGAAAGAUUAGCGCCGAUAAUCCACCCUCCCUCUCUCCUUUCUCUUUCUCUGUCUGACACCAGUGACGGGGCCGGGAGAGAGCUAGACUUUCAGUUCUUGCCUUCAGCCACACAGUGAAACAGUAGACAGACCCUUAUGCAUUUUUAACAGCUCAGCAGGUGAUGGGAACAGUUGGGUAGGACAGUUUGUCCAUAGAUAGAGUGGCCAGCUGCUCAGGUAAGACCAAAGCACUAAUAUUUGCUAAUGCGGAAAUAUUUGCUGGGUGUUAUUUUCUAGAUGCGUUUGUGUGUGAAGUUUUAGUUUGGCCGAGCAGCGACGGGACGUUUGAUGAGCUCAGCGUUUCCUAGGUUACACAAUGUUCACUGCUCAGCCUGCCUCCGCUUCUACGUCUCCUGAAGCUGAUCUGCGUUGGUCUGAGCUCGCAGUGUGUGUGUCAGACCUUCACUGUCCCAGCUGUUUGCUGUAACUGUGAGCCGCAGUGGAUCCACAUAUUCGUGAUGAGGGUUUAGCGUCGGGGGCUGUCAUUCACAGAGGACCCGUGUUGUCUUUCCAUCAGUGUGUGGACACGUUCGUCUGGAUAUUGAGUGCAGGAGGCCGUCGGUGGUUCGAACUGAGAGGAGGCCUCUCUAUUAUUUAGCUGAUGUGCGACCACCACAUCCUGCUCAUCUUUAACCCUGCUUAUGAAACAGCGGUUUCGCACCCUCUACUUUGCCGUGUGAACCAUGCUUGCUGCAGGAGAACGCCCCGUCUGACUCGGGCUUUGGAAAGCACCUGCUGAGGCCUCGCCCUGGGACAGGAUGCCCGGAGCCCGCGGCGCCGGCGCGCAGGGCUCCUGUGAGGCCCUGUGUCGAACCCUGGUGUCCCAGAACGGCCUGCAGAGAGAGACCGCGGACAUCUCCCAGUCCGUCCUCUACACCUCGCUCAUGGGCCUGCUCCUGGUCACUGACAACGAGAAAGAGCAGCUCAGCUUAGGAAACGGCAGAGUUGGGCUGAGAAACGUAGGCAACACAUGUUUCCUGAAUGCAGUAGUGCAGUGCUUGUCUCACACCCGCGGGCUGCGGGACUACUGCCUGCUCCGCUCCUACAGGCACGAGAGGUUCUCCAAAGAGGAGGCCAAGCUCAUGGAAGCGUUCUCUCAGGUGCUGUCGGGCCUGUGGGACGUGAACGAGGGCGGCGCCGUCGUCAACGCGCGGCACUUUUACACCAUGUUUAAAGAGGUGGUGCCUUACUUCACCGGUUACAGUCAACAGGACGCGCAGGAGUUCCUCCGGUUCCUGCUGGACAAGCUGCACACGGAAAUCAAUCGCAGACCCAACGUACGACGCACCGAGAAGGAGAUUGAACAAAAAUAUGCCAGGUUCAGGCUUUCAGAAGAGGCAGCUGCCAUGUGGAAGAAGCACCUGGAGAGAGACGACAGCAGGAUCGUGGACCUGUUCUCAGGUCAGCUGCGCAGCUCGCUGCAUUGCUCCGUGUGCUCCCACUACUCCAACACGUUUGACGUGUUCUGCGACCUGUCGCUGCCCAUCCCGAAGAGGAGCUCCUCGGCCGAGGUCACGCUGAGGGAGUGCCUGGACCUGUUCUCUCAGGAGGAGAAGCUGGACAAGGAGAAUUCACCUAUGUGUGAGCGGUGUAACAGGCACACAGAGUGCACCAAGCGCCUCUCCAUCCAGAGGUUCCCCCAGGUCAUUGUGAUGCAUCUAAAUCGCUUCACAACGUCUCGGUGGUCCAUCAGUAAAAGCACGGUGCACGUGUCCUUCCCACGCACUAACCUGGACCUUGGACCCUACGGACCUGCUGACUGCGGCCCAGUUCUGUAUGAUUUAUAUGCAAUAUGUAACCAUGCUGGAACGGUGAACAUGGGCCACUACACAGCCUGCUGCUUAGAUGAGAAGGGCUGGUGCUUCUACAACGACUGCAGUGUGACUCCAGUCUCAGAGAACCAGCUCCAGACCAAUCAAGCCUAUGUGCUGUUUUACCAGCGCAGCAACAGCACCACCACAAUCAGGAAAUAGGCCUCAGACUGGCUGAGUUAAGCAGCCAAUCGGAACAACUUUACCUCCAGUGUCCAUAGAAACAAAUAGAAGCAGCAGUGCUGUGAUUUGGGCAUCUAUGAACGCCUGUCAUAUCAGCGAGGAGUCCCUCAAAUAAACUGAUGAAGACAAAAGAUGCCACGUUCACUUGGAGGGGAGAUGAAGAACCAUCAGCCCUCAUAAACCAUGUCUCAGUGAGACAGCUGAGAAGCUGAGAACGCCCAGAUAUGCUUCAUGCAGGAGUAGGGAAGUGGUGUAUGUACACAUGAUGCAGUGCUCGUAAUACAAGUAGUAUCACAAUAGUGACCCAUAUUUGAUAAAUGACCCCCCCCCCCC